GACAGAAAAACGAAAAAUAAGAGAAAGAAAGAAAGAAGAGAGAGAAAGAGAGUAUCGGAAAGAAGAGAGCGAUCAGAGAGAGACGAAGAAGAGAAGAAGGGUCUUCGAUUUCUAAUUCCGCCAAUAAAAGUAAGAAAAAUUAUACACAGAUUUUGGAGCGAGAUUGGAACGGAAAGCAAGUGUUAGUCAGAUAAAGAGGAGGAAAAUAAAGAAUGAAUAGAGCAAUGGAAGAAGCAGCAACCUGGGUUCCAACGAACAAGUAAUAGUCGGAACUAUUUUAAUUUCUCCAUUUUUCUGGGGACUCAUUCUCCGAAUCAGUAUUUGGAGUUCAAACAAGGUGAGCCCAUAAAUUUUUUUGUCCCUAUUUAGUCGAAUUUUUGUGAGUUUUGGAGCUUGAAUCUGUGUUCUUGUCGGAAUUGUUUUUGAGAGAUUUGAACUUGAACUAGGAUACUUCAAGCUUGAAUCUUUUAAUAAAAGGUGGUUUUUUGAGUUUGCUUGGUGGUUUCGUGGGAUUUUCUGGUAUUAUUAGCUCUGAUUGUAAUUGGGAAUGCAAUUGGUGGGUUUACUUGGAGUUUCAGAAGGUAUCUUUGGUGGGUUUUGAGUGAAUAAUACUGUCCUUUUGGGCUUUGUAUUUUUGUCGCAUUGGAUUUUGAAUAAUUGGGGAAUUGGGUUUUUGGAGGGAGAGUUAGUUGGAGAAAUUGGGAUCCCAGGAUGUCAACUCAAACACUCCAAUCCUUGUUCUGUUUAAAGUUUGGAAUUUGGAGGAGGGUCUUUGUUUGGAAAUGUUGGUUUUGCUUGUAGAGGGUCCGAAUCUUGUACGUAGGAUGGGUUUUUGGAAUUGGAGCAAAACCCUAAUUUCGUAGUGCAAUUGGGGUUUCGGAUUAAUUGUUCUGUCGGAAUUGUGAUAUAUACUGUUUCUUUGUUGUUGUUUAUGGAGUUUAUGUAUUAAGAGAAAUGCAGCCACCAAAGCAGCAUUCCCGGAUCAAUCUUGCUGAAUUAAAAGCUCAGAUAGUGAGGAAACUUGGGCUGGAGGGAUCCGAGCGGUACUUUUAUCAUUUGAAUAAAUUUUUGAACUUGAAGAUUAGCAAGGUUGAGUUCAACAAGCUUUGUGUAAGAAUUUUAGGCAGAGAUAACAUUCCACUGCAUAAUCAGUUCCUUCACUCUAUAUUGAAAAAUGUCUUUACUGCUACAAGUCCACCCCCUAUUCAUGAGAAUGAUACUUUGAAGUCUCUUACGUCAGUUGGAAGUAAAGAGGCUCUUAAUGAUGGCUACCAGCAAAAUGGGUCCCACUCCACUGCAGUGCAGAGUCAACAAGGUUUGUCUAAUGGGGAUAUAUUGCCUCUAUCUCCUAGAAAGGCCAGGACAACGUCUCGUGAGCGAAGAGCCGGGGAUCAUCGCAGUGCCCUUGGGGCAAAUGGGAAGACAAAGUUCUCUUCUCAGCAGCAAGCCGCCAAAGAUUCAAGUGAUGUUAAUGUUAUUUUGGAGAAUGGACUUUCUCACCCGCCUGAAGCACAAGGAUUGUUGCCGCAACACCAAGGACUGAUGCAGCCAGUCGAAAAUGUACAGGAGGCUUCAGUUCACCACCCCCUUAAAUCUGCUGCAAUAAAUGAUGGUCCAGUUUCUGUACAUAGCAAAGACCGAAUUGAACUGUCAAUUAGAGAUGGGAAAGAUGUUCACCCUAGGAGUCGAUUACAAGCCCCAUUCGGAGUUCCAUUCUGCCCUGUUAGUGUGGGCGGGGCACGCCGCGGAUUGCCCGUAGCGAGUAGCAGUAAAUGUGUUAGUGCUUUCAACUCUGGUGUACUGUUAGACAGUGUGACUUUAAAAGAACGGAUGGAACAGAUUGCUGCUGCGCAUGGCCUUGAAGGGGUAUCAAUGGAUUGCGCUAAUCUGUUGAAUAAUGGUUUGGAUGUUUACUUGAAGGGCCUAAUUAGCUCUUGCAUUGGCCUUGUGGCGGCAAGAUCAGGACAUGAGCCAAUGAGGAAUAAGAAGGCCCUGCCUGUGAAGCUUGUUAAUGGUGUUAGGCCGGGUCAUCUUUAUCAGAUGCAAAAUAACGGUAGGCCUUUAGAUGUCACACCAGAACAUAGACCGCAUUGUCCAAUUUCGUUGCAAGAUUUUAGGGUUGCAAUGGAGCUGAACCCGCAGCAACUAGGUGAAGACUGGCCCUUACUACUGGAAAGAAUUUGUACCCAAGCAUUUGAAGAAUAGUUGGAGCGUGAAAACUCUGUGAUCACCUGAGGGGCAAGAAUUUGCCCAAAAUGGAGCAGAGGGCUAGCUGUUCUCUUUGGCCUACAUCAUAUCAACAACGUGAUGCUUUCUCCUUUGUGGCCUUCUGCACCAGUCUACUGCUCGAGGUAAAACAUUGUCUCUCACUAAAUGAUAGAGAUCAGAGCAGGGAUUCCUUCUCUCAUCCUGCCACGGGCAGGCUUACCUUCGGGCAGCAAAAACCUAGUUGCCAGCAACCAUUGGAAGGGUUGGAAGAAAAGUGCCACAUUUGGUUGCACUGUUGUAUGAUUAGCAUAAUUCUCACUUGAUUUAUUUUUUUCCUUUUUACAUUUUCCUGUAAUUUACAGUUGAUAAAGAAAUUAGAACAGUUUUGCAGGAAUAAUGUGUGUAGUGUAGUCACAUUAGCAGAAAGGUGAAAGUGCGUCAAACCAGAGUUAAUGUGUAUGUAUCUUCAACAUCAAGAUUGAUUGGAAUCUAAUUAACAACACGUUUUUCACUUUUCAAUAGAAGUAUUUGUUACAAGAAGAAUGUUUCCUUUUAUCAAUGAUUUAUGUGGAAAAAGUUAUCGCCG